AUGUACUUCCUCAAAAAAAUUGCCGAUGCCCAAGAGUCGCUGUCAGAAGAUGCCUUAUCCCAUUUGAAAACCUACAAGUACUCGAGCGUCGACAAGUCCUUCAUAUCCAGAUAUAUCUUGAAACAUUACUGGAAUGCGUUCGUCGAACUCCUGCCGUUAUGGCUCGCCCCAAAUAUGGUCACGUUAAUCGGCUUUAUGUUCAUCAUCGGAAACUUAAUCCUUCUCGAGAUAGCUGUUCCAGAUCUUGUUGGGCCGGCGCCCGCAUGGGUCUAUUACAGUUUUGCGAUGGGUGUUUGGAUGUACUCAACUAUGGAUAAUGUCGAUGGGAAACAAGCAAGGAGAACCGGUACCUCUAGCGGACUGGGAGAAUUGUUUGAUCACGGGAUUGACUCAUUAAACUGUACCCUGGCAAGUCUUCUGCAAGUUGCAGCAAUGGGUCAGGGCUCGACCAAAAUUGGAGCCUUCACUACCCUUCUACCCUGUCUCCCUAUGUUUUUUUCGACCUGGGAGACCUAUCAUACACACACUUUAUACCUUGGAUAUAUCAAUGGGCCAACCGAGGGAUUGAUCAUUGGCGUUUUGAUGAUGAUAGCAUCUGGCUAUUAUGGACCUCAUAUUUAUUCAAAUCGGGUAGCCGAUACUUUGGGUUACCCAUCCCUGUUCGGAAAUUGGACCUACCAGGAACUCUUCAUAUUUGUUCUGGGCUUCUCUUUUUUGACUGCACACUUCCCCGCAUGCGUUUACAAUGUGAUACGGGUCCGCAACCGCCAAAACCUUCCUAUUCUACCCAUAUUCUUGGAAUGGAUACCGGCAAUUGUCGCAUCUGCCUCCGCUGUUUGCUGGCUGUAUUCGCCCUACUCGUCACUCUUGAGUGCAAACAGGCUUGUGCUCUUCGCAAUAACAAUGUGCUUUGUGAUCGGGCGCAUGACAACCAAAAUCAUUCUAGCUCAUCUAACCAGGCAACCAUUUCCAUACUGGACAAUUCUCAUAAGCCCUCUCAUUGGCGGCGCCAUACUAGGAAACCUCCCCAGGUUUGGAUUCCCUCAGAUCAGCCCGUCGCUAGAGCUGCUUUAUUUGCGUGCAUAUCUUGUGUUUGCGUUCGUCACUUAUAUGCAUUGGGCCUACUUUGUCGUCCACCGAAUCACCACCUACCUGGGUAUAAAUUGUUUGACGAUCAAGCACGACAAGCUGAAAGCUAGGGAGCAAGAUUACCGCCAACUGGGGGAAGGCAGGAUCGAUGUUGGAAACGCGAGGCCAGAUCCAUUUGCUGAUUCCAGGGUCAAGGCGAACUAACAGAGUCUUGGUCGACGCGAAGUGCUUUAUCAACCUGCCCAGCUCUUUCGCCACCACAAUGCGGACGAGCUAAACCAAAGCUACCGUGUCGAAUUUUCUAACAAUGUCGCGCUCAGGAGUUGAAGAACCGAAAGAUAUAUGAUUGACGAGAUGUGGGCAAGAAUCGCAGGUACCCAACAUGUGCGCGUCCUAAAAGGUUGCUUGUCAAAAAGUCACCACAAUGCGUUCAUGACCCUUCCAACCACAUACAACUAUACUCCACUAUUCGCCCGUACCUUGUCACAAAAUCCAAAAAACAAGGAGCUCGAUAUUGACAUAGUGAUUACAAACAACAAACCCACAACCCAAACGCCGGAUCUUUAUAGAUUUUGUUCGGAUCUAUUGCAUUAUUGUCAACGAUGAAUGUCUUGACUGCUAUGGAUUUUAGAUUAUUUAAUAUCCCUUUGAUAACUACCCACAUCCGUAUUUAGACUUGAAGUUCCCUUGAAGAAUAUUCGGGAGUCUCGUUGUACUCGAUAAUUUUCUGAAGACAUCCAUCCAUAUUUGAGUCUUUAUAGUCAGCUGCUGUAAUUAUUAUUAUGAAUAAGGAAGUUAAUUUUAUACCACUCAGUAUUCAUUUAUCGC